CUGGCCGGGUGCGAUCUGAGGCUGUAGCAGGAGCCCUCGGCUGGGAGCGGGCGCGCUGCUCCACCCCUCCCGCCCGGCUUCCCUUUGUCCUGGAGGAGAAGGAGGCUGCACCGCGGACCCAGGUUUCCAGCGUUGGAUUGUCUUCUAGGGCAAAUUGUCACCAAUGGCAGUAAAACUUGUUUUCCAGCAUUCUGGGUUAAAUGGACUAAUUGGCUCUCAUUCUGAGGGAACCUAAUGGAUAUCUCUUGCUUUAAUUAAAUCUCUACUGUAUGUCAAAAAGAUUUCCCAAGUCUGGAAGCUGCUCUGAAAGUGAUUGAAACAGCAUAAAAAUGUGAAUCUAACAAGACUCCAAACAACUUGAGAAAGAAUUUUCUACUGAUCAGUUUGUAAUUUAAAUCUUUAACUGAAGCAUGCAAACUAGUUAAACUGGUUGAAGAGAAGCUUACUCCUUAAAUAGGACUGUCAAAAAAGCAGUCACCUGAAAUUUCAAAAUGAGUGCAUCACUGGUACCAAGUGAGACACGUUAUACCCAGCUGCAGGACAACAGAAAUGAAAUAAAAAAUAACAAUGAAAGCGUAAUAAGUAUUGGAGAUACAAAUGCCAACCAAAUUAUGACAAAGGUCAGAAGCACUGAAGGGGAAGUCAAGAGAUGUGAUUUGACAGCUAAUCCUGGAAGUGUGCAUACUGGUGGGUCAGAGAACAUUACGCAGUUAGAUACAGAGCAGAAUAAACUUCUGGUCUUUAAGGAAUCUCAGAGUUGUGACAUCAGUAUACAAGAAUUUAGGUUGCCUUCUACCAUAAACAGGGAAUUGGAUAAAGAUUACAGGACUGAUGAAGUUAAGGAUACUUCAGAGAAUAUUCGUAUUAGCCGAGGAAAAAGUCUGUCUAAUUUGAAGAGCCGUGCAAAUGAUACCAGUUCAUGGGUUCUUUCAAAAGAUGAUGUUGAAUUUACCCGGCAUAUUUCUAAGCAUAAAAUGAUCAGGACCAUGGAGGCUGAAGGAAUAAAAAGGCUUUCUUUGGGAAGAUCAUGUAAAUUUUCUACUAAAACAGAAGCAUUUUCAAAAGAACGUGUGUCGUGUAAACGUUCACUUUCUGCAUCACUAGAUUCCAUUGCUACAUCACAUCAUUUGAUUGGUGAUACUGAGAAAUCACAGAAAACACCAGCAGAUCAUUUUCUAGAUAUGGUUCUUCAUCCACUUGACAAUACCUCAGAGGAAAAUAUGGUGUUUUAUUCAAAACCAUCUACCUCAGAGAACAAGAAAGUAAAUAUCCCAGAGAGCCAAAUGGAUGUGGAAGAUGUACCAACUGUUAACAGCAAAAGCACACUGCAUCCUACUGAUGUAGAUCUAAAUUUAAGUGGUAAGCCCAGUGAAGUCUCUAGUAAGUCAGAAGCACAACUAGGUCAGGGUGAUAUGAGUAAAAAACUGGAGCUAAAACAUCCACCACUUGUACCAUCUAAGAACAUUUGUCAACAAAAAAUCGAGAGAAUUAUGUUGGUAGAAUUUCUAGGAUGUCAAAAAGAAGAAGAUACGUUAAUACAAGAGAAGAAAGGUUAUGGAGCUGAAGUGUCCAAAAUGCAAGCUCCCCAGUUUCAAGACUUUUGUAGUAAAGUAGGGGAUCCGCUCUUAAACCAAGUGGUAGCCUACGCUGAGGACAGACUACCAAGUGGUAAUAGUACCUGCCCUGGGUUUGGAAGAGGAAGUAAUGAUGAUGAAAGCAGGGCAGCUAAUCAAGGUCAUCAGGAAUACAUAACAGACAAAGAAAUUGGAUCUGUAUUUCCUCUUACUGAUGAUAGCAAAUCCAGUGGCAAACUGACACCUACAAGAAAUAGAAACUUACUUGAAGCUGGUACAAGUUGCAUUCAAACUGUUGGUGGGCAUAUAUCUUUUCUACACAAUGUUAGUCUCCCUUACAGCAAAACUAUGAAAGUUAAUGAGAAUAAACUGAUGCUAGUCAGAGGGAACACUGAAAACACCACAGUGUCUGCCUCUGAUCUCUCAGAUCAACACAGAGUGCUUAGUACAGAAACAAUGUCAAACAAACAGCCAAACAACCAGGAUAGUGAUGUGGAAACCACAAGCUUUUCAGUUCAGAAUAAAAAGACAGCUAUUGCAAAGAAAUAUCUUUCAGAUGACGCAUCACAGAGUUAUAAAAUUUCAGCAAGGGCUGAUGCCUUUUUCUGUGUUCCAACUGCCUUGCGCCCAGUGGCAACUGUAAAUGUUAAUAAUCAGCCCACAAUUUCAAACGGCAGUUUAAAGGAUCUUUAUGCACUUCAUGUUGACAAGCUGUCACCCUCCUCAGUCCUACCUCCCAUUGACAGUACCCAGUUGUUAAACAUAUCCCCUAAAGUGCCUAUCAAGACUGCUGCGAACAGUGGAAUCCCCAAACCAAUCCUUGUGCAUUCCAAGGGCUCCCUUACAGCCCAGGGUGAUGCAGAAAGUGACUGCAGUGAAAAGCCUGAAGAAAACAUUGAGAUAAAACCUGUCAUACCCAAACCCAAACAUGUGAGACCUAAGAUCAUCACUUACAUUAGAAGAAAUCCUCAGUCUAUAGACCAUCUUGACCCUUCCUUUGCCUCAACUGAGCUGCCAUAUGGUCCACCUGUGUGUGGUAUGCCCAUGGCAAAAGAACAGCAGAUAUUGAGUGGUGGGGAUAUUAAACCAUCUAACAUUCUAUAUGACAAAUUUAAACCCGACUUGCAGAAGCCAAGAAUCUAUGGUUCAGGACUUGUAGUAUCUGGCAUUAAACCCCCGGGGCAUCAUUUUGGUCAAAUGAGUGAAAAGUUUUUACAGGAGGUUGGGAAAAGGCCUAUGAAAGAAGAAUUCUGUUCUCCGCCAUAUACCCACUAUGAGGUAUCUCCAAGUUUUUAUCGAUCUGCCAUGAUACUUAAACCACAGUUAGGACUGGGAGCGGUUUCCAGGUUGCCCUCUGCAAAAAGUAGGAUUUUGAUUGCAAGUCAAAGGUCCUCAGAUAGCUGCCUCCAUCAACCAGGACAAAUAACAAAUGCUUCCAGCCUUUAUCAUCCUGAGGCUUCAGUUGAUCUAAAAAAAGGCCCAUGCUCAAAUGCUGCAAAAUCCAAUCUCCCCAAGCCAUGUCAAUCUGGACUUCGUCCUCCUGGCUAUUCACGCUUGCCAGCAGCUAAACUGGCAGCAUUUGGUUUUGUCAGGAGCUCGAGUGUAUCCUCUGUCUCAAGCAACCAGUCAAAUGACAGCGUUCAGAGUGAUCAAAGCAGAACAACCAACCGUUCAAACUUUGGCAGUGAAGAGCAAACCCCUCCUAAGGCAUCUGUGCUUUCUAAAGAUUUACCCAAGGGGACCAGUAGGACUGCACUGCAGGUAUCAACCAGCACAGCAACUCCCCGCAGGAGUUUACUUCCAGCACCGAAAACUACCGUAACACCUGCUGCAGGUUUGAAGAAAGAAGUACAAAAAGAUCAAGAUGCAAAUAAAUCCACUGUGUCAUCCCCUAAGAGAUUAGCAGUAUCAGCCACCAAGCUCCAUUCACCAGGACACCCUAAACAAAGGGUAGCUGUUCCAAGAAAUGGAUUUUCCACCAAGGCAGAUCUGCAGACUCAAGAGACUGAACGGCAGUUCAUCCAGCAGCUGAAGGAAAAGUGUGACAAGCAGUCCAGGCAAUUCAGCUGUAUUCAAGAGGAACUUAAAAGAGCCAGUCGUGGCUUCGAGGUCUUCGCUAUAACAACACAGUAUUUCUUCUGGAAGAAUGAACGUGCCCUUGUGAAAGAAAAGGAGCUGUCAGUCGAGCUUGCAAACAUCAGGGAUGAAGUUGGCCUCAACACAGCAAGAUGUGAGAAAUUACAAAAAGAGAAGGAGGAACUGGAGAGAAGGUUUGAGGAGGAGGUGAGGAAGCUGCAUUGGCAACAGCAAGAAGAGCUGCGUGCCCUUGAGGAGAGGUUGCAGUUACAGUACAGGGGCAAAAUGGACCUCUUGCAAGAGGAACACAGUCUUCAACUUGUGAGGAUCAAGUGUCAGCACCAGGAACAGGCGGAAUAUAUUUCAGCCACUCACGAAGCUGCAAUGUUAGAGAUGGAAAAUAAUCAUGCAGUUGCCAUUGCAGUACUCCAGGAUGAGCAUGACAACAAAGUUCAAGAACUGAUGUCUGUCCACGAACUGGAAAAGAAAGAAUUGGAAGAGAGUUUUGAAAAACUGCGGCUGUCACUCCAGGACCAAGUAGAUACCCUCACCUUCCAGAGCCAUUCUCUAAGGGACAAGGCAAAGCGAUUUGAAGAGGCUUUAAAGAAAAACACUGAAGAGCAACUAGAGGUUGCACUAGCUCCAUAUCAGCACUUAGAAGAAGAUAUGUAUAGCCUGAAGCAGGUUUUGGAAAUGAAGAAUCAGCUAAUUCAUCAACAGGAAAAGAGGAUCAUGGAACUGGAAAAGCUGGCUGAAAAAAAUACAAUAUUGGAAGAAAAAAUUCAGGUGCUGCAACAGCAGAAUGAAGACAUGAGAGUCAGGAUUGAUCAAAAUACCGUUGUGACAAGGCAGUUAUCUGAGGAAAAUGCUAAUCUUCAAGAAUAUGUGGAGAAAGAAACCAAGGAAAAGAAGAGGUUAAGCAGGACUAAUGAAGAGCUGCUUUGGAAGCUCCAGACAGCGGAGCCCAUGAGCCCCGUUAAACUGUCUCCUACGCCUAUUUAUCGCUGUUCAUCGGGGCCUCCUACUCCCGCAAAAGUCAGCACGGUGCCCAGAUGACCGCUGCAGGCGGCUGCAGAUGUUAACUGGGCUUUUACACAUUUUUCCAAUCCGCUGAAUGUGAUCAUCCAAGAAAGUGUUAACAACCAUAGACACCCAGAGUUGGGUACUGCAAGCAUGCUCUGUAGCUGCAUACGUGUAAGCUAGGCAGUGUACUAUUAGCAUUCCAGUAUAGAAGCUCCCGGUACUGGCACACUGAUGUCUUAGAGUAGUAUAACCAGUGUAGUCUAAUGUGUAAACAUUUUGCCAUGGUUAGAGAUGAAGGAAAGAAAAUACUACUACUAAUGGUUCAUCAAAGUGAACCUUUGCUGCAGUGGUUCAGGUUAGUUACAAACAGUUCACGUUUUGAAUAUCUAUAUAUGUAUGUGUGUUUUUAUAUAUAUAUAUAU